AAAAUUUUUUCUGUCUGUCUGUCUACGUGGGUGUAAUUCAAUCGAUCAAUAAUCAAUAAUCCUUCUCAUUAUUUUUAUUUGAAGAUAAUUAGCAUUGGUGAUUGAUCACCAAAUCAAAUUUAAUCUUCUAUUUGAUUAUAUUCAAAAUUGUUUUUUUUUCUGUUUAUUGACAAAUUUGUUAGGGAAAAAAACAUCUAUUCAAAUAUGGAAGCUCAAAUGCAGCAACAACCGGGAGCAGCUUCCGGUGGAAUGAUAAUACCACCAUAUAAUACACGUGUGAUCAAAGAACCACGUGGUAUGAUUCGUAUUAUUCAAUUGGUAUUUGCCAUAUUAGCAUUCAGUAUAACCACAUCAUUUGAUACGGAAACAUCAUUCACCAUAUCCUGUUAUCAGAGUAAAGAUGCCUCGAAUCAGGUUCGGUAUCAGAAAAAAUCAACGUAUCAGGUAGAAUAUCCAUUCGACAUGAGUUCGACGAAGCUAACAUAUUUGGAAUCCUGUAAUGAAAACGGUGAUGAAAUGAAAGAUAAAGUAUUCGAUAUUGAUUUUUCAUCAUCGGCACAAUUUUUCGUUGCCACUGGUGUUCUUUCAUUUGCAUAUACACUAUGUUGUCUAUAUGGUUAUAUUAAAUUAUGGCAUCUUUAUGAAACAAAUCCAUUCUUUCCAAUAGUCGAUUUGGUUAUAACCGCCAUAUUUACCGUAUUCUGGCUGGCCGGUGCAUCAGCAUGGGCUGCAAAUGUAUCCGAUCUUAAACAUUAUACUGGACCACGCUAUCUCAUCGAACAAUUAAGCCAUUGUAAUCAGACUAUACAGGAUAUCGAAUAUGAUUGCUUCUCCGAAUCACCGGGCAAAUGGUCUUCAUUAUAUAUUUCUUUGAUAUUCGGUUUCGCCAAUCUAUUCAUAUGGGGUGCAUCCAUUUGGUUUGUUUUCAAAGAAACUCAUUUCCAUCAACGUACUUUGCAGCCAGUUAUGAUGGGGGGUGCUACCGCUCCUGGUAUGCCACCAAUGAUGAAUACUGCUACUGGUGGUGGUGGUGGUAUGAUGGGUCAACCAAUCGGAACAAACCAACAACAAGCCUAUCCAAAUCUUGGUGAUCAAACACAAACAAUUGGACAAAUGCCUACAGGCAAUCAAUUUGGCCCAGGUGGAUAUUAAUGUUUAACAUACAAGAUAUAAUUCAUCACAACAAUUUUGUCAAUAUCGAAAAAUAAUGAACGCCAAUCAUUGUUCGAUUGAACAGAAAAUAAUUAUUCCGAAUGAACAAAA